UAUUCAGAGAUACUCACAAAACCCUUGCUUUGCGCCACCAGACGCUCCUUUCUCCUUCUCCUCCGAUGUGAUCUCUCCUUACCCUUCUUCCCUCCUUCUCCAAACCCUAGAUCCAAUCCAUGGCGGCAGACGCAUCUCCCAAGUUCCGAACCCCGGACUUGAUUCCCGCUGGCGCCGGCGCCCUCGCGGUGGCCCAUGAUGGUCUUGAAUUCUGGCAGUACAUGAUCGCUGGAUCCAUCGCCGGCGUCGUCGAGCACACCGGCAUGUUCCCUGUGGAUACUCUGAAGACGCGGAUGCAGGCCGGAGCGCCGCCAUGCCACCCGCCUCUUGGUCUUCGCCAGACUCUUCGUUCCGUUCUCCGAAACCAGGGUUUCCCUGGCCUCUACCGUGGGAUCAGCGCUAUGGGCCUUGGUGCUGGUCCUGCUCAUGCUGUCUACUUCUCGGUCUACGAGCUCUUCAAGAAGAGGCUUUCGAAGAAUAACCCCAACAACCCUCUUGCUCAUGCCACGUCUGGGGUAAUCGCGACGGUGGCGAGCGACGCCGUGCUCACGCCGAUGGACACGGUGAAGCAAAGGUUGCAGCUGGAGAGCAGCCCUUACCGUGGGAUAGGGGAUUGCGUGAGGAGAAUGGUGAGGGAGGAAGGGUUCCGUGCUUUCUAUGCAUCGUAUCGGACCACGGUGGUGAUGAACGCACCCUUCACUGCCGUGCAUUUUGCGACCUAUGAGGCGGUGAAGAGGGCUUUGUUGGAGAUUUCGCCUGAUAGCGCCAAUGAUGAGAGGUUGGUGGUGCAUGCCACUGCAGGGGCCGCAGCUGGUGCUCUGGCAGCAGCGCUCACAACACCUCUGGAUGUGGUUAAAACCCAGCUGCAAUGCCAGGGUGUUUGUGGUUGCAAUAGGUUUCCUACCAGCUCAAUCGGGGAGGUACUAAGAUCUAUUAUAAGGCGUGACGGGUAUACCGGACUGAUGAGGGGAUGGAAGCCCAGGAUGCUGUUCCAUGCACCAGCUGCUUCAAUUUGCUGGUCCACAUAUGAAGCCUCUAAGUCCUUUUUCCAAAGGCUCAACAACUCUAGGAGGGAAACAUCUUGAGUCAGCACUAGAUCGCUUAAUUUUUUUUUACACCAAUUUUUCCCAAUUUAUGUUGUCUUAUUAAAUUUAAAGCAAUACUCAUCUCUAGCAGGUUUUUUUACUGCUAACAGGGAAAUUCAUUGUUUUGGAUGGGGAUAAUGAUGUUAAGAGAAAAUUUAUUUGCA